CUGCCUCUCACGUGACGCAAGGGGAGCGCCGGGACGUCGUGCCUUACGUCCCUUCGUCCGCCGUGUCCAUGGAGCGCCUCAAAGGACGGAUCUGAGAGGGAAGGCGAGGGGGCCGUUCCCGGGGGGAGUCCGUGGUCGAGGAGGAGAUGGCCUCUUCUAUGGUCAGAGCGACCGUCCGGGCCGUGAGCAAGAGGAAGAUUCAAGCCACCAGAGCUGCCCUGACGCUGACCCCUUCUGCUGUGAAUAAGAUAAAGCAACUGCUUAAAGACAAGCCUGACCAUAUAGGAGUUAAGGUUGGUGUUCGUACAAGAGGCUGUAAUGGACUUUCUUACACACUAGAAUAUACAAAAUCAAAAGGAGAUUCUGAUGAAGAAGUAGUACAGGAUGGUGUUAGAGUGUUUAUUGAGAAAAAAGCACAGCUGACACUUCUAGGAACUGAAAUGGAUUAUAUAGAAGACAAACUGUCCAGCGAAUUUGUUUUCAAUAACCCAAACAUCAAAGGAACGUGUGGCUGUGGAGAAAGCUUUAAUAUAUAACAUACAAGGACUGAUUCCAUGACCUUUAACACCACAACCCUGCUUUCUAAUCACUUGGCAUGUGUUUUUCAGGUCUUUAGGCUUUGUAACAUGGCUGUCUUUUCAGGAAAAUAAAAGUACUGUCUUUUUAAAAAGUUAUCUGUGUGUUAAAUUUCAGCUCUUGCAUAUUUUCAGUUUUAAAAAUGGAAGGUUGUGUUUCUGAAAAAGCCAAGAACACAAAGUACAAAAAUACAGCUUUAUUUUAUUUGCAAAAAAUCCUUGUUUUUCCUCUUAAUGGUUCCAUCACAUCUUCAUAAAAUACAUAAUGAAAAGUAUUAUGCAAAGUUGUGUUUCUGUGUGUUUGUCUUAGACAGAAUUACACUGCUCUGUGUGUUGUAAAUCAUUAAAAAUUAUGUUUUAAAGUAAAAGUACACUUCACAUUUACUGGAAAUUUCAAAUAUUAGUUAUUUAAAAUAUUUUGUGUCUCUUUAGAUGUAAACAUUUGAGUUCUCAGAGGCAUAUGGGCUUACAUAGCUUGAGGCAAAUCAGUAUGCAUUUUGGAUACCAUAUACUAGAUCCUGCCCCCUUAAUUCACCUCCCACGUCCCCCCAAAAAGUGAGUAAAUAUUUGUUGCUGCUGAGAAAGCCAUCAAUAUUUUAAGCAAUAUGCUUAAUAUUAGGCAGAGAGACAGAUGGCAGAAUCCUGUUUAGAUUAUUUUUUUUUUAAAAAAACUUGUUUCUGUCAGUUUUUCAAAUAUCCUGAAAUGAAUUCUGAAAGCACAUUCUCUCUGCAGUUUAUAGAUGGAAAUCAUUUAAAGUGUUCUGGUUAUGCAGCAAGGAAAGCUUAUUUUUUUUCUAAGCAGUUUAUUUGUUAGGUAACAGCUUAUAGUCUGAAUUUACGAGUGUACUUAUUAAAGCUUAGCCCAAAUGUGAACAGCAAAACUUGAUGGUAAAAGAUCUGAAUUUUGAUAACUUCUUAUUCUUUAAAGCUCUUUUGUUGUAUUUUAUUGUAAUUACUUACAUGGUCAUAUCGUGAAUGAAAACAUACUUUUCAGGUUUGAAUGGUCUUACAAUUGAGACAUUAUGGUACAUCCAGAAUCUAUAUUCUGAUUCUUACCUGCUCAGAGCCAUUUUUCUGCACAAAUAAUUUUUUCAAAAUUGUUCUACAGCUAAUGUUCAGUUAUCUUGUUUAGGCAGACUUUUGUACUAUCCUUACUGUGAAGGAAAAAGAGGUGUGUCAUUGUGAGGAUGUUACAUUUGUACCAGUAAAAGAUUACUGGUUAAAGGAAUGAUAUCAGUUGUACUACUUAUGCUCGUUCAUGAAAACAGUUCAGUGAUCAAGGAUACUGCCUGAAACUGGAUUUGCUUUGCAGAUCUUCAAAGAAAAAUGUGGGAUGUUCUAGGCUCAAUUGCAACUUUUAGAAAAAUUGCUUGUCAAGGAUGGAGACAUUUACAGUCCUGUGUGUAACUACCACAAAGAGUUAUUUUUCACUGAGAGUGUGUCUGAGAAUAUUCGAACUAUUGCUAAGCCUAAUAGUAUAAUCUUUUCAUCUUGCAACAUUUUGAAAUCUAAAAUUCGAGACUGAGAAGAGCCCUGGUAUCUAACUGCUUAAAGGGCAGGAAUUAAACAGCACUAUAUAAGAAUGUUGUAUAGCUUGUAUCAAGAAUGUUAUUGAUGUACUCCAAUCUGUUUUGUUUUUAAUUGAUGGAUUGUGUUUUCCUAGAAACAGCUUUGUGAAAUGAAAGUGUGCACUUCCAUAUUAUAAAAAGUGUUGUCUAAUUUAAGUACUACGCACAAACUUGGAAGUAAAUAUUUGUUAGUAAUAGUUUAAGAAAGAGUAUAUUCUCAUUCAUCUAUAAUGUGUGCAAUACUGUAAUUUACGGUAGUUAUGUUGUAAUAAAUUAACUUUGG